GGAAAACGUGCUGCAGGUACAGCACAGGAACUCAGAACUCAGUCUACAUACCAUCUCAGAGAACGACAGAGAUUUCUCACCAAAGUGUACCCUGGGUGUCAGCUGAGACCCUCCUGUUGCAGAUCUAAUUAAAUUUGCCUCAAAUGCAAGUUCUGUAGCUUUUCCUCCCAAACUCCCCACAAUUCUUGAGGUCCUCAUGACUUAACUUCUACAAGUUUCUCUCUGCCCCUAAGCUUCCCUGCAAACAGGAGCAAUUUCUCUUUCAUUCCACAUCACCUAUUUCUACAGGAAAUUCUCUCCCAUCUUUUUGGUCUGUGCUGUCCAAUACAGUAAGCACUAGCCACAUAUAGCUGCUUACAUUUAAAUAUAACUAAUUAGAAUGAAAUACAUUUUUAAAGUCAAUUCCUCAUUCUCCCUAGUCAUAUCUGAGCAUUUGAUGGCUGUAUGUGGCUAGUGGUGACCUCACUGACACCACAGAUUAGAUCGUGUCCAUCAUCAUAGUGAAGUCUCCUGGACAGUUGUAUUAGCAGGUCAUGAAUUGAUAAGAGCUUGCUGAAUAUUUGUGGACACAUGAGUAGAGAUCAUGUUUUCAGUUUUUAUUUUUUUGGAAAAUACACUUUGAUCUAAGCAUGUUUAAUCACUCACCUCUUUUCAGGAAUGUGCCAUCAAUCUGUAGAACUACCCCAACGUACAUGUUGCCACUGGGAAGAGUCUUUCAGGAAGUCAAGUAGAAUCACCACAUAGAUGAAGGCAAGAAGGUAUAAGAGCUCCAGAAACUUUGCCUGGGACCAUGCAAGACACUAAAGAAGGCAGAGAUCCUCAAAGCCUUGAUCGCCAACCAGAUUUGCAGAUCUAGGCAAAUCCAGGAGUUUCAAAGAAAAGUUCGCAAGGACUCUGAGAUCCUUGCAGUAGAGGUGUCCUCGGGGAAGAGGAAGAUGGCUUCCAAAGUCACGCGGCUGCUCCUACUGCUCAGCUUUGUGGCCAAUCCUGAAGUCCUGGGUGAUAUCAUCAUGAGGCCCAGCUGUGCCAAUGGCUGGUUUUACUACAGGUCCAAUUGCUAUGGAUACUUCCGGAAGCUGAGGAGCUGGUCUGAUGCUGAGCUCGAGUGUCAGUCUUAUGAAAACGGAGCCCACCUGGCGUCUAUCCUGAGCUUAAAGGAAGCCAGCGUCAUAGCAGAGUACAUAAGAGGCUAUCAGAGAAACCAGCCUGUAUGGAUUGGCCUGCAUGACCCGCAGAAGAAGCAGCAGUGGCAGUGGAUGGACGGGGACACGUACCUGUAUAGGCCCUGGUCCAGCAAGGCCACGGGUGGGAGCAAGCACUGUGCAGAGCUGAGCUCCAGUAACAACUUUUUAGCUUGGAACAGCAAUGAAUGCAACAAGCGCCAGCAUUUCCUGUGCAAGUACCGACCAUAGUGCAAGAGUCAAGACUGCUGCACCUUGUUGCACAACUCCUUUCCUCUCCCUUCUCUGCCACGCUGGCUAAGUUUGAUCAUUAUCUCAGAGAGUAAACCUAGCAACUAAAAGCCAGGAGACUCCUACUGCACUGACUUUUUAGGCUCAGAGCUAGAGAUGUUAGCAUUGGUACAAUAGUGGCUUCUAGCUUUAAAUGGUCACCCCGCGAUCUCUGUCUGUAGUGCUCUUCCGUCCUCCUCUCCCCUCUCCGGCUGUCUCGAGCAGUCUAGGAAAGUGUGACCCCACACCAACCCAUGAAACAGCUGGGACUUUGGCCAUAAGGAGUUUGAGGACAGGAGGAAGAAACUCAGGGAUGAGCCCUAGCCCGCUUCAGCUUCUGCACGCUCUACCCUCCACGGCCCACAUCCUCCCCCUCAGCCACCUGCUUGCUUUUCCUUUGGCCGAGGGAACAUUUACCAGCAGAGUUCCCACUAGGCUGAUGUGGACCAUAAAUUCUUUUAAUAAACGGUGUAUAUAUAGGAAGUUGCUGUGUUGCAAUCAGCAGUGGGGAAAGGGGAAAUGAGAAAUAAGACUCAGAAAUGCACCCAAGUGUUUCUCUAUCCCCUU